GUUCAUGACGCCGUGCUCGACCCCCCCGGGCAGCCUGUUGUCCCCCGCGUCCCCCGAGCCGCCCGCGCCCCCCGGCCACCGCCCCCCCGACCCCUCCGCGCUGCACCCCGACACGCUGCACGACAGUAUCUACGACAGGUACAAAAUAGAACUGAGUGAGCUGCAGAUACUAGUGGGUCGAGUGCGGGACAACUGGAAGUACGCGCACACCAAGACCACCUCCUCGCUGCACCUGCUGGACCGGUUCAGCAUAUCUCUGCAGGCGGAGCGGCGCGUGCUGGAGACCAGCGACCCCGUGUACCCGCGCGCGGCGCUGUGCGGCUCGCUGCCGGCCCUCGUGGCGCACCUCACCGAGCACAAGCUGUGCGCGCUGCGGGCUGUGCUGGCGCCGCUCAGAUCGGAAGAUGCGCCAGCUCCUCAGGCGAGUCCGGCGACAGAGGACGACGACGAAGCCAGCGUCAGAUCAGAAACCGACCGCUCCGAGAGCUCCUCACACAACAACUCCACUAUCUUCAUGCUGCAGUUUGCUGUGGAUCAGAUGUCGCUGGAGGUCCAGUCCCGCGGGCGCAGCAUAGCCGAGGUGCAGGUCUGCGGGGUGAAGAUGGCCGCCACGGCCAGGCCGCGCGACGUGAGCUUCUCGCUGUCUGUGCACUCCCUGCUGCUGGUGGACGCCCUCCAGACCUACGGGCCGGAUUUCGAGCUGCUCGUGGCCAGCCACAAGCACGUGGGGAUGGACACGGCGUCGGGCAGCAUCCGCGGCUCGGAGCCCACGUCCCCCACGUCGCCCACCUCCCCCACCUCCCCCGCGUCCCCCGCGCGCGCCCCCCGCCCCGCGCUCGCCCUGGCGCACCCGCACGUGCUGCACCACGCGCUGCACUCGCUCACCGCGGCUAGGGGCACCGAUGAACUGGACCGAGCUAGCCCAGCACCGAGCUGGCUGACAGGCGACAAUGGAAACUUCAACAACUGCGGCUUCGGACCUAUUUGGAGUACCACUGAGAGCUUUGGAGAGAGUAACGGUUGGGGCAACUGGCCCGGCUCCGGUAAUGCUGAGAACUCUUGGGGGAACACGAGUUCCGCUUGGGGGGCCACCGGCCUCGGGUGGGGUGCUGCCGGACUGGUGGAUGAUGAAGCACUUAUCGCUGUCGACUUGUGCUUGGUUAAAGGCGAAGGGGAUUCUGAAGACUUGAGAAUCGCCAACAUUUUGUUCAAUAAUUUGGACAUUAUUGCUAAUCAAGAAACUAUAGUCGAGUUAAUCGGGUUUGCUCAGCGUGUGAUGGGUCCCAAGACCAGCAAGACGCAAGGGGAUGUCGACGAAACCCGACCGGAGCCCGCCGCCGCGCACGCCAGCCCUCCGCCCGACGACGCGCCCAAGAGAGAAGUGCGCACAGAGAUAACGUUUGACUUCCACCGGCUGGGCGUGCUGCUGCUGCGCGCCGCCCUGCACGACGGCGCCGUGGUGGCCAGGAAGAUAGCCACCGCCACUCUCAGCGAGGCCAAGAUACAAGCCACUUUAGACGCGAGCCGCGUGUCCGUGGGCGGGUCCCUGGGCGGCGUGCAGGUGGUGUCGCUGUGCGAGCGCAGCGUGCACGCGCGCGUGCUGUCCGCGGGCCGCGCCCCCCCGCCCCCCGCCGCGCCCGCGCCCCCCGCGCCCCCCGCCCGCGCGCUGCUGUUCGACGUGGAGCGGUCGCUGGGCCCGCGAGCCGCCGACACGACAGUGGUGGAGGUGCGCGUGAGCGUGCAGGUGGCGCGGGUGUGGUACACGCACUCCAACGCGCUGCUGCUGGAGCUGAGGUCGUGCCUCACGGAGUUCAAGCAGUACCUGUCCAACCUGGCGCGCUCCAUCCGAGCCGCCGCCGCCGACAUGGCCAUAGGACUCGUGCACCCGAGAGGGGAGUCGUUGUAUUCCAACCCGAAGCUGUCCCAGUCGACGGAGGGCGUGUCUCCGAGACGGCGCACCGCCAGCACCGGCACCUCGCUGGACGAGCCCCCAGACCUCACGUCCGACAGCGUCGUGCUGAGGUAGCCAUUGUGGACUACAAACCAUACAGUUG